UGAUCAAAUUGAUCCGAGGCAAGUGGAAAUUGCGAUUGGGUAAGCGAAAGGGGCUUUUAUCGUAUCAAGUGUCCUUGACGGAGAUUGACAAAGAGACGGAAGGAGAUGGGAUUCAGUGCUGAGUUUAGAACACCGGUAUGCGGUCACGUUUGCUCCCGUUGCAUUCCUCGAGGCCUUCUUUCAAUAUGCUUCUGAUUUCCCCUUCACAAUGUCAAAUUCCAACACUACGGUUGUGAUGGGGGACCUGGAACUAGAAAGAACGAGAGAACGCACGCGAAGUGUGUCAGGAUCCCAUAGUGAGACAUUCCCUUUUCUGUCCCAGCAUAAAAUAGUGCCGAGCCUCCGAAAGGUCCCUUUCUGCCCGAUUCACCUCAUCCGAAACCCUCGCAUUCCAAUGUCUGUGUUGACUGGUCAUGAGCAUCCUGAAGGGGAGGUCGACCGCCCCUCAAAAAGGGCUCGUUGUGCAUCCGCCGAAAGUGGUACCACGAUGAGCGGAGAAGACGAAUCUGGCCACAACCAUAGUCAUGGUGCCAAGGAGCACAUCUUUAUCGCUGAUAGCGUGAAUGGUACCAAACGAUCCUCUGGAAAGAAGACGACCUUGUCGUGCCAGGAAUGUCGCAGGCUCAAACUCAAGUGCGACCGGAAUUUCCCUUGUGGUUCAUGCAGAAAGAGAGGCGUCAGCGAUAUCUGCCCCAAUGGUGCUCUUGUCUCUGGGAAGGGCACGCGAUUCAUUCUGGCUAACACCGAACAGUUGCAUAACAAGAUCAAUGAAAUGGGUGACCGUAUCCGUGACCUCGAGGAAGCAUUAGCAAAGUCCCACUCUCCCACAGAAACGCACCCUCUUUUGCAGCCGACCCUUCUCGGUGUGAAGAGCACAGUCAACCUCUAUCGCACGUCCCGGACAAGCCCAAAUUCAAGCAGCGACGCUCUUACCGAUCCGGAGCAUGAAACUGCAUCGGCUGCGUCGCCACAAUCUACGAAAGGAGGAGCGGACAUCGACGCCACAGUGUCUCUCUCUGACACGGAAAUGAUGAUUGAUGAGCCACUCUCCGAUGGGAAGCAGAUUGAAGCGGAAAUAUUGCGCCUGAGCCAUAGCUUUCCAAUGCCUCACAAGGAUUCUCCGGAACCUAACAUCCCGUUACGGUCCUACAUCCGAGGUAUGCUUCCUCCGCAGGCUGAAGCGGAAUAUUUGUGGCAACAAGCCAAAGGAAAUGCUCUCUGGCAGUAUAAUCCGCACUCGGAUGAGUCGUUUUAUUUCCACCUCAUUCAGCACUGUUACAACAGUCCGAUCGAGGACACAUGUCCGCGACGUCUUGCUUUGCUUUUCAUGAUAAUGGCCGUCGCUUGUCUCGUGGAUUUGAGGCGGCCGCCAUACUCUGCUGUGGCUGAAACGUAUCACACGGUCGCUCGCGCUGCUUUAUCGGAAAUUUCCGUCAUGGAAGAUACGAAUGUAGAAACCGUUCUUGCUCUGUUCUACGAAAUCUGGUAUCUUCUGGUGUUCUCCGAUAAAAAGAAAGCUGCGGGUUAUGCAUGGGGAUUAAUGGGACUUACGGCGAAGUUAGCCCAAAGUAUUGCCCUUCAUCGGAAUACCCCGUCAAUGAAACUUCAACCUGAAGAGGUUGAACGACGUCGAUGUCUGUUCUGGGAACUGAUGUAUCUCGACGCCCGACUGUCUUUGUCCCUUGGCAGGCCACCAUCGCUGUCAUUAGCCCAUAUGGAUUGUCCACGCCCGGUGUAUACCCCGGACCCAAGCGCCCCUCCCGCGGAAGGACUUCACCACUUCCAAGAGUGGAAACAUUCAUGCUAUGUUCACUGUUUGGCACCCGUUCUUGAACUGAUAUCUCAACCCAACUGGGAGUACACGAAAGUCCUCGAACUGGACGCGAAGAUCCGAGACUUUUCCGUCCCUACAGCUUUACGUGCUAGAAACCCUCAGCAUCGGUCAUUUUUGAUGCAAAAGGCAUCUUUGACAACGGCCAUUGAAACCGUCCUUUUACAGCUUCAUCGAAGCUAUUUCACGCGGGUCGUCAGCGGGGCGGAAGGAAUUGUUAACCGCCACCACCGAUACAUUCCCUCCUGUGUGGCCGUGUUCCUCAGCGCCUCUCGUAUGAUUGCAACUAUUCAGGAUCUGUACGACCGCGAACCGGAACUGACAUCGCGUAUUUUGGGAUACUGGUCCAAUACUUUCUCUGCUGCAGUGGCCCUUUGUUUACUCGUUUCUCGGGCCCCAGCUGCGUGUCUCGUUCCCACCUCCUUACAGGAGCUGGAGCGUGCUCGCUCCCUGUUCAAUUCAGCAAAGGAACAGUGCCCCAGGGCGAUGGAAAUCACUCCCAUCCUUGAGACAUUGAUUGACAAAGCCAAGCACAUCUAUUCUCGCUGGACGACUGCUCAGAAUGUGCCUACUGUCUAUUAUGAUGAAGAGGAUGAUGACCCCGAUUUUGAUCUCUCGGAGGAAGAGUUGGUUGAACUGAUGUCGACCCAAGGUCCGUUCGCUUCGGCACACUCAAGCCUUGUUCAGUGUCAGAUCGAAGUAAUUGAACGAGGGAGAUGCCGCACGAACUUCCAGGCCAGUUACCGCGAUGUUUCGUCUCUGUUUUCGACUUCAUUGUCUCCUCCGCCGGUGCAUGUGAUUUCGCCUGUGCUGCCCCAUUCGAGCCCGCGUGCGCCAACUGUCAGUGACCCUGCUGCCCUGCGUACCUCGGCGAAGUCUAUUGGAGUGGACACGAUGAGCAUAGAGAUGAGUGCAAUGAACUUGGGUGCCGACAGUGUCAUGGCUUGGUUCUGAAGAAGAAUAUUGGUUUUCUGCUCUUCCCGAUGCUUGUGUUUUGAAUAUCUACAUACUAUGCCUGUCUUAUUGAAUAGAAUAACUCGAACUUGCAGAUCCGUUGCUGUAUUUCGGACUUGAGUUCCGUGUUGCUCGGGGUUGAUAGCCGAUCUAAAAAUAAUCACCGACGACAUGGAGAUACGGGUAACAGAAUGAAAUAAAAUAGAGCAAAGGCGAAUCAGGA